AUGUCUGCUCAGAGGUCGCCAGGUCUGCUCAGAGGUCGCCAGGUCUGCUCAGAGGUCGCCAUGUCUGCUCAGAGGUCGCCAGGUCUGCUCAGAGGUCGCCAGGUCUGCUCAGAGGUCGCCAGAGGUCGCCAGGUCUGCUCAGAGGUCGCCAUGACGCCAGGUGUCAUGUCGCUCAGAGGUCGCCAGGUCUGCUCAGAGGUCGCCAGGUCUGCUCAGAGGUCGCCAGGUCUGCUCAGAGGUUGCCAUGUUCUGCUCAGAGGUCGCCAGGUCUGGUCAGGGAGGUCGCCAGGUCUGCUCAGAGGUCGCCAUGUCUGUCUCAGAGGUCGCCAGGUCUGCUCAGAGGUUGCCAUGGUCUGCUCAGAGGUCGCCAUGUCUGCUCAGAGGUUGGCCUGGUCUGCUCAGAGGUCGAGUCGCCAGGUCUGCUCAGAGGUCGCCAGGUCUGGUCAGAAGGUUGCUCAGAGGUCGCCAGGUCUGCUCAGAGGUCGAGUCGCCAGGUCUGCUCAUAGGUCGCCAGGUCUGGUCAGAGGUUGCUCAGAGGUCGCCAGGUCUGCUCAGAAGUCGCCAUGUCUGCUCAGAGGUUGCCAGGUCUGCUCAGAGGUUGCCAGGUCUGCUCAGAGGGUCGCCAGGUCUGCUCAGAGGUCGCCAGGUCUGCUCAGAGGUCGCCAUGUCUGCUCAGAGGUUGCCAUGUCUGCUCAGAGGUCGCCAUGUCUGCUCAGAGGUCGCCAUGUCUGCUCAGAGGUCGCCAGGUCUGGUCAGAGGUUGCCAGGUCUGCUCAGAGGUCGCCAGGUCUGCUCAGAGGUCGCCACGGUCUGCUCAGAGGUCGCCAUGUCUGUUCAGAGGUCGCCAGGUCUGCUCAGAGGUCGCCAGUCUGCUCAGAGGGCGCCAGGUCUGCUCAGAGGUCGCCAGGUCUGCUCAGAGGUCGCCAGGUCUGCUCAGAGGUCGCCAGGUCAUGCUCAGAGGUCGCCAGGUCUGCUCAGAGGUCGCCAGGUCUGCUCAGAGGUCGCCAGGUCUGCUCAGAGGUCACGCAGGUCUGCUCAGAGGUCGCCUGGUCUGAUCCCUCAGAGGUUGCCAGGUCUGCUCAGAGGUCGCCAGGUCUGGUCAGAGGUUGCUCAGAGGUCGCCAGGUCUGCUCAGAGGUCGCCAUGUCUGCUCAGAGGUCGCCAUGUCUGCUCAGAGGUCGCCAGGUCUGGUCAGAGGUCGCCCAGGUCUGCUCAGACGGUCGCCAUGUCUGCUCAGAGGUCGCCAUGUCUGCUCAGAGGUCGCCAGGUCUGGUCAGAAAAGGGUCACCAUGUCUGCUCAGAGGUCGCCAGGUUUGCUCAGAGGUCGCCAGGUCUGCUCAGAGGUCGCCAGGUCUGCUCAGAGGUCGCCAGGUCUGCUCAGAGGUCGCCAGGUCUGGUCAGAGAUUGCCAGGUCUGCUCAGAGGUCGCCAGGUCUGCUCAGAGGUCCCAGGCCAUGUCUGCUCAUGAGGUCGCCAAGUCUGCUCAGAGGUCGCCAGGUCUGCUCAGAGGUCGCCAGGUCUGCUCAGAGGUCGCCAGGUCUGCUCAGAGGUCGCCAGGUUUGCUCAGAGGUCGCCAGGUCUGCUUCAGAGGUCGCCAGGUCUGCUCAGAGGUCGCCAGGUCUGCUCAGAGGUCGCCAGGUCGGCUCAGAGGGGUCGCCAUGUCUGCUCAGAGGUCGACAUGUCUGCUCAGAGGUCGCCAUGUCUGCUCAGAGGUUGCCAGGGGUCUGGUCAGAGGUCGCCAGGUCUGCUCAGAGGUCGCCAGGUCUGCUCAGAGGUUGCCAUGUCUGCUCAGAGGUUGCCAGGUCUGGUCAGAGGUCACCAUGUCUGGUCAGAGGUCACCAGGUCUGGUCAGAGGUCACCAUGUCUGCUCAGAGGUUGCCAGGUCUUGCUCAGAGGUCGCCAGGUCUGCUCAGAGGUCGCCAGGUCUGCUCAGAGGUCGCCAGGUCUGGUCAGAGGUUGCUCAGAGGUUGCCAGGUCUGCUCAGAGGUCGCCAUGUCUGCUCAGAGGUCGCCAUGUCUGCUCAGAGGUCCGCCAUGUCUGCUCAGAGGUCGCCAUGUCUGCUCAGAGGUCGCCAUGUCUGCUCAGAGGUCGCCAUGUCUGCUCAGAGGUCGCCAGGUCUGCUCAGAGGUCGCCAUGUCUGCUCAGAGGUUGCCAGGUCUGCUCAGAGGUCGCCAGGUCUGCUCAAAGGUCGCCAUGUCUGCUCAGAGGUCGCCAUGUCUUCUCAGAGGUCGCCAGGUCUGGUCAGAGGUCGCCAGAGAGCGCUAUCAGACUGAGGAGAGCUACAGAGAGUUAUCAGAGACUGGGAGAGCUACAGAGAGCUCACAGACUGAGGAGAGCUACAGAGAGCGCUACCAGACUGAGGAGAGCUACAGAGAGCGCUAUAAGACUGAGGAGAGCUACAGAGAGCGCUAUCAGACUGAGGAGAGCUACAGAGAGCUCACAGACUGA